CAGCAUCCAGUGCCCGGCUGUCCAGUCGAGCGCUUGAAAAUUUUCACACAGCACCUAGCACUCGCGGGGCAUAUUCACCUGCACUCAACCUUCAUAAUGGAAGCUCUUGGCGCCUAUUGCGAGCGCCGCAGCCAUGCACUCCAGCAACAGGAAGAGGAAGAAGAAAAAUAUCGAGUCUAAGCGGCGGUACCGAGCCUCUGAAAAACAAACAUGUCUUCGUUGCUCUGGGCAGCAACAUGGGCGACAGGACCGCCAUGAUUGAGCAGGCAUGCCGGGAAAUGGAGGCGAGUGGGAAAAUCCGCAUCGUGCAGACCAGCAGCCUGUGGGAAAGCAAGGCCAUGUACGUGCUUGAUCAAGACAAUUUUGUCAAUGGUGCUUGCGAGAUAGAAACCAGUCUCUCACCCCUCGAGCUCCUCGACGAGCUACAGGCCAUUGAGCAGCGAAUGGGCCGCGUGAAGCUCAUCGACAAAGGCCCGCGAAACAUCGACCUGGACAUUCUGCUCUUCGGCGAAACCCAGCAUGCAGACGACCGGCUCCAGAUCCCGCAUGCACUGAUGUUUGAACGGGAAUUCGUCUUGCGGCCGCUCAGCGAACUCAUACCGCAGGAUAACACCCUCGCCCUCCCAUUCGAGCACUCACACAUUCACGAGCGUCUAGCCUCCCUCCCCAAACCCGAUGCUCCCCUUGUGCCGCUGGUCCCUCUCAGCCCCUCUCUCUCCCCCAUGUCGUCUGCACUCACCCACCCCGCCACACGCAUCAUGUCAAUCCUGAACGUAACCCCGGACUCGUUCUCAGACGGCGGCCAGAACUACCAGCGGGACCCGGAAACGCUCCGCGGCACCAUCACCGCACACAUUGACGCAGGCGCCACCAUCAUCGACGUAGGCGGGCAAUCGACGCGGCCCGGCGCGCGAGAAGUCAGCGAGGAAGAGGAACUCGCGCGCGUUCUCCCCGCCAUCAAACUCAUCCGCUCGAUACCGCAAGCCCACGGCAUCGCUAUAAGCGUGGAUACGUACCGUGCGAGUGUAGCAGAACAAGCCAUAGCCGCAGGCGCGAACAUGAUCAACGAUGUGAGCGCCGGCGCAAUGGACGACGCUAUGCUGGGCACCAUGGCGAAACUAGGAUGUACAGUGUGUCUGAUGCACAUGCGGGGCACGCCAACGACCAUGACGACGCCAGCGCUGACGUCGUAUCCAGAUGGCAUCGUGGAAACAGUCGGGCGCGAGCUGCGCGAUUGUCUCCGCGCAGCGCAGAACGCGGGCGUGCGCCGCUGGCGCAUCAUGCUCGAUCCGGGCAUUGGCUUUGCAAAGACGCGAGACCAUAAUCUCGACUUACUGCGCCGCCAGUGCGAACUCGCGUCGUACCCCGGGUUAGAGCGGUUACCCUGGCUGGUGGGGACGAGCCGCAAGGCGUUUAUAGGUCAUGUCACGGGUGUGAAGGAUGCGCAGGAACGUGUAUGGGGGACUGCGGUGGCGGUCUCGGCUGCGAUACAGGGAGGUGCGGAUAUCGUGCGUGUGCACGACGUGAAGGCCAUGGCGCAGGUGGCUAAGAUGGCGGAUGCGCUGUGGAGACACGGUUCUUGACACCCAUUAACAUAGUCCGUUUGUA